CUCCCUCCACUUUCUCUCUUCACCAAUCCUUAUCCCCCUCAAUUUAGAGGCGGGUUCAGCGAGAUCUGGCUGCAGGAAACCAAGAGGCUCCACCGCGCUGCCGCCCCAGCCUCGUGAUGUAAUUGUUAUUUCUUAUUCGGAGCCUGAACCGGGGAGAGCUACUGAAGAAGUGGCAGCCCUGUGCCUUUUGCCUUGUCUGGUCGGGUCAGAUUCUUCCCGGGGAUGAUGUAGAUUCGCUGACGGACUCCGCUGGAGACUUCGCAGUGACAAAGCAGCUGAAGAAAAACCAUGCUCCUGGGUCCUCCGUCCGUCUGGGGAGCCGAACGGAGCACUCCUCAGGUCUCCUUCCCAGUUUUCCUCUGGGAGUCACUCCGCAUUUAAUCCCUGGGUGCCUCCUACGUGCUGGGCGUGGGGUCCAAGUGACCUGCAGUUAGUGCCCCUGUCCCCCAAGAUUAAAGCAAGACACACAGAUUACAAGGUGGUGGAAGUUGGGGGUGGCGAGAAGGGGCCAAGGGGACGCGUGUCCUGGGGUGAAAUGGAAGGAGGGGGCUCCUGAGGCGUCAGCACCCAGGAGGGGACCCCGGGCGUUCGGGUCCCCGGGCUGUGCCCCCAAGGCGAGCAUUUGCCCUGUGGAAUGAGCUCGAUGCCCAGGGCCCCUGGGACGAGCUGUCCCGGCGCCUUCGGCGGUGGGGGCGGCUGGACAGAGCCGGGAGCCGCGGGGGACUGCGCGAGCGCGUGGAGCAGCUACCUCUCCCCGCCACCGCGAUCCUCCCGCAGCCCCCGCCCGACAGUCCGAAGGGCGGGCUAGGAGGAAAACAGCCAACCGAGGGGGGCUCCUCGGCUCCCGCGUGCUGCCGGGACCCGGGCUCCUGCCUCCCGCCCCGGCCACAAUGGGAAAGCGGGGGAGAAAAGGGUUAAGAAACUUGGCUGAAGAGCUGAAUGGCGUGGAGCGGCGAGGGGAGGGACUGGGCCGCGGCGGACUCGGCGGCGGAGGGAGGAGCGCGGCUGCGGGCGGGUGGCGAGCGAGGCGCUCAAAGUCAGCCUCGCAGACAUUGCAGCAGAGCCCCGAACUCGGGAGGCGGCGGCGGUGGUGGCGGAGGAGGAGGAGGAGAAGGCGGCCGAGGCGGAGGGACGAUCCGGCCCCACGCCCGCGCGCCAGCCAGUGGCCUCGCGUCUGCUGCUGCGCUCAGCAGCGCUGCUGGUCGGAGGAAAGAGCUCGCCGGGGCGCCGGGGGAGGACCGGGCGGCGGGGCGCCUAGGCGGAGUGAGCUUGCCGGAGCCCGGGGCUCGGAGCCGCGGCGGCCUCGGAGAGUGUUUGGAUUGUGAGCGAUUUAAGGACUCAGUUCUCAGGACCCAUUAUUUUAACAUUUGGGAGAAACACAUCCAGAAGUUCAUCUUGGCCCUGAGGAUAGAGCAGUAACUGAGAGAGAAGAACCUUACACUUUAUUGGUGAGAGAAACAAAAAUAUAAAGUUCAGUUUGAUGAUAUCUUAUUAACAAGUGCUAAGUAAAAAUUAAAACAAAGAUUGGAGCAUGGCAAUUCUGGGUUAGGCUGUGCAUGAAAUUUCAGAUUAUGUCCUGGGAAGGUCUCAUCUAGAAGGUGCCUUGAGUAAAGGCUUUGUUGGUGUGGAGCUGGUGAUGCAGCUCUCUGGGGAGAAGAGUAUUCUAGUCCAAGACCCUGUGGCUGGAGUGGGGUCAAUAAGACAGGGUAACAGGAAGUGAGGUCAGAGGGGGAAGAAGCCACCAGACAGUUUUUUACAGUGACUCUAUGUAAUAUUGGCACAGAAUCACUUUGACAGUUGUGUCAAAUGGGCCUAACAGGCAGAGAAAUCUAGGUUAGGAAGCUGUUGUAAUAAUUGAGGAGAAAUGAUGGUGACUUGAACGGGAGCAGCAAGAAGUAGUAGGAUUCUGGAUAUUUCUAAGCAAAGCCCACAGCAUGUGCUGAAGAAUUGGAUAUGAGAGGAGGAGAGGCAUCUAGGAUGGCAACCAGGAUUUUGGACCUGAACAAUUAGAAGAAUGGAGUUGAUUUAUUUGAGAUUCGGAAGAACAGGGACUCAGUUAUUCCCAUAUUAAAUUUGAGAUGUCAGAUAAACAGGUAUAUAAAUAGUUCUUGAAGACAGAUCAGUAUAUAUAUUUUUAAAGGAUUACUUUGGCCGUUAAUAACAGGAAAUGGCUUUUUUAAUACAUAUAUUCAAAAAACAACAAGGAGAGAAUACAAAAUGUGGAAACAAAGUUUAUUUUGGGAGGGGAGUGGAUAUUUUGUGUUCCAUUGAACAAAUAUGGCAAAAGACUGGAAUAAAUUUUAAGAGAGUAUUCAAAGAAGCAUUUAUACAUUGAUGUAAUGCCCACUGUAUUUUAGUUUCAAAAAUUACAUAUUAAUGCCCACUGUAUUUUAGUUUUAAAAAUUGCAUAUUAAAUAUAUUUAUUCUUUGAGUUAGUGCCUGAAUUUUGAAGCCCUACGUUUUAUUAAAAAUAGACAUUAAAAAAAGAAAUACACCACAGAAUCCAUUGAUAAUGGAUUUAGUGCAUGUCUCUUUCCUCUGAACAUGAUGUGGUUAGUUAUCGUUCUAAAGACUAAAGACGUGUUAUUAAUAAGUAGGUUAUCUUCCCCCAGCUUCGUCAGUCUUGUGCAGCCGAUAGUUAAUGCUCAGGAUAUUAUUCAAUGGUGAUCCAGGUCAGGAGAAAGAUCAGUACAGUACGUUCUAGGUGAGUUUAUCGGGAUGCUGUGGCUUUUCUUUUGAAAAGGAAUGAGUCCAAGAUGUCUUUUCGCCAGAUUAUUGCACUUAUUUGUAUUUAACAGAAAGCUACACAUAGCUAAGAUUUUCAGUCUAUGUGUAUCCCAUAAAAUGCUGAGAAGUACCUUGUGAAGUACCCUUCAUAUUAUAUGUACUCACGAAAUACGUUGGUAGAAAAUUUGAUUUAGAACACUGUUUCUAAUUUAUUUAAAAGCCUUUAAAAAUUGUCCAACAAGAAGUAGAUAUUAUUUGAUAAAAUGUGUCCUAGCUAUAAUGUAAGGUAGUUGAGAAAACUGAAUUAUAAUUUUGUCAGAUAAAAGUACAAUGUAAUAAAUAUAAGAAAUUAUUUAUUAGGCAAAGAAAUUUUGCUCUUUAAGAUUAAUUAGGCUUUUCUCAUUGCACUUUUGGCCAGUCAUGGCGAAUGUUGGCCUCUGACCCAUGAGGCUAUCUCGUGAGAGAGUUCUGCAGAUCUCUAGUAAUUAAGCAAGCAUUUAUGUUACUUUUAUUUGAGACCAAAUUGACGGUAGAUAUGAAUUAUCCUCAUUGUUUCAUUGACCACACUAUCAAUUUUUAUCUGCAUAUUUGCCUGUAAGUUCUUUGGAGUGUAUUUCUUUAUAUAUUACUUUUUUUUUUUUUUUAAAGGAGAGUUAGGAAAAUCCAUUGCCUGUUAGUUAGCAUUUGUUCAUGUGUGCAAAUUACUAAGGUGCUUACCUAAACAAGAUUCUUAUCAAACUCUGAUUUGCCAGAUAUAGCAGCUUACUUUUUUAUUAUGUGAACAUGAAUGAGGUAAACAAGGAAUAUAUUUAAAUCAUGAAGCACAGUAUCAGAAUGAUCUUGUGAGGACCCAGUGGGAUCAGAACUUUACUUGGGAGUUCCUUUCAUGGCUCAGUGUUAACGCACCUGACUGGUAUCCAUGAAGAUACAGGUUCGAUCCCUGGUCUCGCUCAGAGGGUUAAGGAUCCAGAGAUGUCUUGAGCU